AUGAACCAUCACGACGCUUCGAAAGCCUUCCCUACAUUGGCCCCAGGACCACCCCGUACAUUUGCGCAACAGGCAAUGGCGGCUGUAGGCAAGCCCAAAAAGAACUCCACGGCCUGUCUAGCCUGCAAGGCAGCAAAGAGGAAGUGUUCCGGAGCCCCUCCCCCCUGCAAAGCCUGUAUUAGCGCCGGUGCUGAAAAUGAGUGUCAUUUUGACCCAAGCCGAGAUCUGAGACGCAAAGUCGCCGUGAAGCGCACAAUUCAAGAGUUGAGAGAUUAUAAAGAUCUACUCGACUCUCUGCUUUCGACAAUCCGCGGGGCGCAUUCCGAUAAGGUUGAAAAAUUGGUGGACUUAGUCAAGAGAAAUGGACCCCUGCGUGAUCUCGCUCAGGCAGUUGACUGUCCGGUUACUCGAUUCACGGAUUCAAAUAUACUCUCAGCAGCGAGUCUAUCAUUAGCAGAAGACGCGGAUUCAAAACUGGAGGGGCAGUUGAUAGGACAGACUGAAAUCGAAAACCGGAGACCUUCAGAUCUCGACUCGGCAUCUAGCUGGUCUGAACAUGACAAGCCCAUUAGCUCCUCGAAACUUGCAUUCGACCCAUAUGCACGAGUCACCUUGGAUCGUCUCUGUGACGUUCCCUUGCUCGAGGUGCCAGCUAGGCCGUGGACCGAGGUCACUGGUGAUGACGAUCUUGUCUCUCAUCUCAUUUCACUAUAUUUUACAUGGGAUUAUCCAUGUGCACAAUUUUUUGACCAAGGAAUAUUUCUCGACCACAUGAGACAGGGAGUGCUCAACUCCGAAUUUUGCUCGCCAAUCCUGGUCAAUAGCAUUCUCUCUGUCGCAAGUACAUACUCGGAUCGCCCAGUCGUGCUCUCUGAUAACGGCAACCCAUUCUCGCGUGGUCAAAACUUUUUCGCAGAAGCGGAGCGGCUGCUACGUGCUGAAGAUGGGGAACCACGCUUAGCUACUGUGCAGGCUUUGCUUAUUAUGUCCUCUGUGUUGUCUUAUCAGGGUAGGGCCAAUAUGAGUUGGCAGACAUUAGGAACGGCAGUCCAAAUGGCACGAGAUUUGGGACUGUUCAAGCAUCUCAAACGGCGAAACGUUCAGCGUCGUGAAACGCCCUUGUCACAGGAUAUGGAAAGCGUUCGCACAAUCACUGAAUGGGGGAUAUUUAACCUGGAUACACAAAUUUCGAUGAAGCUCCAAAGAGAACCCAAUAUAUUACAACCCACACAUGGAGUUGAAUAUGCAGGCAAUUUUGAUUGUGAGUGGAUUGCAUACCCACGGGCAAACCAAGUGGUCUCGCCUACACGGGCAGCACGGCUUCCUCAGGUCAGGGAGGCCCAGGUAAGGUUGAACGAAAUUAUGAUCCAUAUUUGUGACCUGCUAGACGAGGAUUAUCUGCGUGAAGACUUUUUAUCCCUACUAGGUGUAGCUAAAGGACCAUUUGCCCACCUUCUGCAGUGGCUAAGCAAUUGGCCCGAUUUGACCCAAAUUGGCAAAGAGCCAACUCCACAGCUUUUAGUUCUCCGUAUUCAUGCUCUCCAUAUGAUCAUCAAUCUUUACGAGGCGCUGAUUGAACGUGACGACGGGGAAUCAAUGGCCCUCCAAUUGCGGCAGGGUUGGCGUGAGCACACCAAGGAAUUGACACAAUGUCUUCAUCUUUAUCGCGUUUCCUAUGCACUUGGGCAGAUCCCCAGCCAGCUGGUUGGCGUUGUUCAAUCGGCCCUCCACGCUCUCGUCUAUCAGCUUGACGAUUCCAAUGAAGCAAGGCAUGCGUUCAUUGAGCUCUGUCAUCUUGCUAUGAGCCUGAGAAAACGGUUCAAAUCAAUUGCAGACUCAAUCAACAUCAUCCUGUCCUUGGCUCAACACGGUACUGCGAGACUCCCUGUUGAGGCGAUCGCAAUUCUUGAUGAUUCCGAUCUCUGA